GACAUACCUUGCCUUACAGCGAGCUUGGGGUAAGAUGGAUGGGAUUUGUGUAGAUGUACAUGUUGAUAGACUUUGCAAGAUGUGGAGAUGGGUGGAUGCAAAAAAAUGCAAGACACCUGACCAUACCAGAAAGGCAUUGCAAACAUGGCUCCCUAAAUGUUUAUGGUACGAAAUUAAUACUGUGCUAGUUGGUUUCGGUCAAGUAAUAUGCAUGGCUCGCGGCAAAAGAUGUGAUAUUUGUUUAGCCAAUGAUAUAUGUAAUGCUAGAGAUAGAAAGCUUCUCUCGAAACUUCAAUUUGAAGAGGAUAUAGACGAAGCUUUUUGGAAACUAAGCAAAACCACAAGAGGGAAUUUUGAUGAAUAUAUUCUGUACUUGAAAAAGAAACUCAAAAGCGACAAGUACCCCAUCAAAGCCGAAGGUCCUUGA